AUGGCAAGCGCCGUGAAAGGUCCUCUGGGACGAUUCCGAAAACACGAUUCUCCCUCGCCACUUCAUGAGCGAUGGGGUGACGUGAGAAUCACCGUUCCGACUGAGGGGUCCUGGAAUCAAUAUGAGAAUCCUCGCCAGUCCUCGCUCCGAGAAGGGACCUGCAGCACGGGCUUCGUGCCUGCCGCCAUGAGUCGCAGCCACGACGAUGAGACGGCUCCGUUGACAGAAUAUGACCAUCGAAUUGCCAGGCCCAGCUCAUUGUCCGUCAAAGCUCUAAACCCGCGCCGACUAUCUGUGCGGCUCAAUCCUCGAUCCAAGACCUCGAACGACUCUCCCCAGGAGAAAAACCAACAGCCCACCACCAAAGCGGAACGCAGACGGUCUCAGUUCGCCUACAGACCCAUUCAGCAAGACUACCCCACCGAAAUCGCUGAAAAGACAGCAUUCCCAGAGCCCCGUUCUCCACGAUUCAAAUACAUACCCGCUGGCGCUCAAUUCACAGAAGAGCUUAGAGCGAUCUCGCCAGAGCUUCAUUCCAGCCGUCGUGCGAGCUCCUAUAUCCCUUACGAUGAAGGCUCUCUGGAACGGCGUGCGCGGCCUCGGACCCGUUUUGACCAGCUCGAAGAUGCAUCCGGAGACCAAGUGUUUGAGGGGGGGCACCAUCACUUUAGACAAUCGCGAUCUUUGGCCUCCCCGCGCCGAAGCGAGGCGAGCAGUAGCCGACGCGCCAGCGCUUCGGUGGAGAGGGGUCUCAAGCUCUCGACGUUUGACAAAAGAGCUACUCGGCUGGGGAAGUACAUGACCACAGCCAUGGUACCUGAUCCAGACCAGCUAUACGAAUGA